UACUUAAUUUUUAGUGUGUUGUUGAUUUUGGUUCACAAAUUUAUUUAAACACAUUAAUUAACGAGAUAAGUAGUUUAUGUUUCCCGUAGGAUUUGUUUGAUAAAUUCAAAUAUUUUUCCGUAUUUAUCCUUACGACGAUGAAGUCGAAACCUUUUGAACAUGUCUGUGUUGUAGUGCUUGGGGACAUUGGUCGGAGCCCUCGUAUGCAGUAUCACGUUAAAAGUUUUUCUGAAUCUCAUUAUAAUGUCGAUUUGAUUGGAUACGUGGAAUCUACACCGUUGGAAGAACUAACGUCUAGUCCCAAUGUACGAAUUCAUCAAAUCAGCCCAUUUCCCGAGUUGAAUCUUCCUAAUUUGCUUAAGUAUGUUUUCAAAGCGCUUUGGCAAGCAAUUACCCUGCUGAUGACACUCAUUAGCAUAAGAAAACCGAAAUUCAUACUUUGCCAAAAUCCUCCGGCUAUUCCAACGCUGUUGGUGGUUUAUGUAUACUGCGUCUGCAUUCGCUCCAAGUUCAUCAUCGAUUGGCACAAUUAUACGCAUACUAUUCUUGGUAUCGAAUCAUCGCCUAGAAACCCUAUCGUAAGACUUGCCCGAAUGGUAGAAUAUGUGUUAGGAAGGAAAGCUGCUGGUAAUCUUUGUGUUACAAGGGCCAUGCAAGCUGAUCUAAAUAGCAAUUGGAGAAUAAGCUCAACCGUUUUAUACGAUAGACCGCCCCUCCAUUUCCACCCGACAACGCUCAAAGAAAAGCAUCAAUUGUUUGUUAAACUUUCAGAUACUAUUGAAUCCUUCAAAGCGAAGGCUUAUAAAGAAUACGAGAACGCUGACAUCCUGGAAGAAACGGCAUUCACAAUACGAGCUAAAAGCGGUGAAGUGAAGUAUAAAACUGUAAGGCCGGCUUUGCUCAUAUCAAGUACAAGUUGGACAGCAGAUGAAGAUUUCAGUAUACUGGUCCAAGCUCUGGAUAUGUUUGAAAGUAAAGCGUUGGAAGACCCAACGCAUUAUCCAGAUCUCAUUUGCAUCAUUACUGGUAAAGGACCCCUUAAAGAACAUUAUAGGUCUGUGAUCAAAUGCAAAUUAUGGAAAAAAGUUAAAGUUACUAUGCCAUGGUUGGAAAACAUCGAUUAUCCUAAGAUAUUAGCUGCUGGGGAUUUAGGUGUGUGUUUGCAUUAUAGCUCCAGUGGUUUGGACCUUCCCAUGAAAGUAGUGGACAUGUUCGGAUCUGGGCUUCCUGUAUGUGCAGUUAAAUUCAACUGUAUCGCAGAGCUUGUGGAGCAUGGCAAAAACGGAUUUUUGUUUGAAACGCCAUAUGAACUGGGACAUCAGUUGUCUGAAUGGUUUUACGAUUUCCCAUCCAAUAUCGCAAUGAGUAAUCAAAAGGAAACUAUCCAUACAAGUUUGAAAGAUUUUCAACAAUUACGUUGGACAGAAAAUUGGAAAAAAAUCGCUCAACCUUUAUUUGAACAAAUGUAAUUUUGAUUGUUAUAAAUAAAUUAUUACUAGGGAAAGGGAACUAACCUUUACGAAGUCUA